AAGUGUACUAGGAAGGUAAUAUAUAAAUAUACAAUACUACACUAUAUUGCCAAAAGUAUUGGGACACCCCUCCAGAUGAUUAAAUUCAGGUGUUCCAAUCACCUCCAUGGCCACAGGUAUAAAAAAAAAAAUCAGGCACCUAUGCAUGCAGACUGCUUCUACAAACAUUUGUGAAAGAAUGGGUCACUUUCAGGAGCUCAUUGAAUUCAAGCGUGGUACCGUGAUAGGUUGCCACCUCUGCAAUAAUUCCAUCCAUGAAUUUCCUUGCUACUAAAUAUUCCAUGGUCAACUGUUAAUGGUGUUAUAACAAAGUGGAAGAAACUGGGAACAACAGCAACGCAGCCACAAAGUGGUUGAGAGCGGGGUCAGUGCAUGCUGAAGCGCACAGUGCGCAGAAGUCUCCAACUGUCUGCA